ACGAUUCCUCCGAAAUAGCCAGUUUCACUUGGCAGCCCAUGGAACACACAACUGCAGAAAAGUUAACCGAUCAAACAUGAGCGAUAAGGAUAGACUUAUAUUGCAGGAGGCUGGCGAAGGAUCAGCGAGCAAGAGGAUCAAAAGCAAUUCGAAAUUAAAACUACCGUGGUAUUUCGCAAGUGGAUUCCUUCUGCUGUGGUUCCUAUUGUAUUUUGCAGUGGUUAUUCCUCUGUUUUAUCGCCUGCCCACAUCCCUGACCAUCGAGGAUGAUAACAAAGGAGAGUUCAUUGGGGAUCGAGCCUAUGACGUCCUCAACAAUCUGGUCAACAUUGGAACUAGGGUAGCUGGCAGCGAUGCUAAUGAACUGGAAGCAGUAAACUUUCUGCUAAAUGAAAUAUCGAAGAUCCAAAAGGAUUUACUUGAGGAUUAUUUUACCUUAGAGGUGGACGUACACAAAACCUCUGGUUCACACAUCUAUCACUCCCUACUUGAGAUGUACCAAGGAGUCCAGAACGUGGUAGUCAAACUGAGCCCCAGGAAUUCAUCAAGUGAGUCGUACCUCCUGGUGAACAGUCACUACGACACAGUCGCAACUUCUCCGGGAGCGGGUGACGAUGGCUUCAUGGUCGCCACUAUGAUGGAGGUGCUUCGCGUGAUGGCCACAACGCCACAAACCUUAGAGCAUCCCGUCGUCUUCCUGUUCAAUGGAGACGAGGAGAUGGGCAUGCAAGCCUCACAUGGUUUCAUUACCCAGCACAAAUGGGCUCCAAACUGCAAAGCUGUUGUCAAUUUGGAUAGUGCUGGAAGUGGCGGACGCGAGAUUUUAUUUCAAACUGGCCCCUCACAUGCGUGGCUAGCCAAUUAUUACAAGAAGAGUGCGAAGCAUCCUUUUGCUACAACCAUGGCUGAGGAAUUCUUUCAAAUGGGACUCAUACCUUCCGAUACGGACUACCGCAUUCUUACGCAAUACGGACAGAUUCCAGGCCUUGAUCUUGGCCAAGCUAUCAAUGGUUUCAUAUAUCAUACGAAGUACGAUCGCAUUGAUGUGAUUCCUCGAGGCUCUAUUCAAAACACGGGCGACAAUGUCUUGAGUCUAGUGCGCGCCUUGGCUAAUGCACCGGAAUUGCUCAAUAUACAGGCGCAUGAAGGAGGAAACUCUGUGUACUACGAUAUUUUGGGCCUCACUUUCAUCACGUACUCGGAGGAAAUGGGCCAAAUUCUGAACUACGGCGCAGCAGGAAUCACACUUAUUUUGGUUUUCAUAUCUGCGUGGCGCAUGUCCGCUGUAUCCCAGCUGCUCAGCAAUCAGGUUUGGCGGCGUCUAAUCAUUCUCGUGAUUCUUCAGAGCAUUGGUUUUGUACUAGCCUUGGCUCUGCCCUUAGUAGUGGCAUACAUCCUUGACAGCUUCGGACUGUCCCUCACCUACUUCAGCACUCUUUCACUUGUGAUUGGCUUGUAUGUCUGCCCGGCACUGAUUGGACUAUGCCUUCCGAUCACAGUGUACUAUCACACGCAGGACAAUAGCAAAUUGCCUUUCACCUACCACGUUCAACUGGCGCUGCAUAGCUGGGCCAUUCUACUGUCUCUUCUGGCCAUUGUCGCUACUGCUUAUGGACUGCGCUCCAUCUAUAUCGUUACGAUUUUGAUCAUCUUUUAUGCUGUAUCGUUGGUCUUGAGUCUAUUGAGUACCUCCCACGAUCGCGGCUACUCCUGGAGUGGACUGGUCAUUGUUAGUCAGGUGAUUCCUUUCCUUUAUAGCAGUUACCUCUUCUACACAUUCAUCGUGGUGCUGACGCCAAUGAAUGGUCGUUCUGGUAGUGCAUCCAAUCCGGAUAUGACCGUUGCUGCUCUAGCAGCGGCGGGUGCGAUUUUCUCCUUUGGCUUUUUGCUGCCCUUGACCAAUGUGUUCCGACGAUCGGGAACGGUGUUGCUCACCCUACUUGUGAUUACAAGCGUUACGAUUUACCUAGCCUGCGGCACAGAAAUGGGCUUCCCUUAUCGCCCAAGGACCAAUAGUGCGCGUGCUCUCUAUCAGCAUGUCCGCAGAACCUUCUACGAUUACGAUGGCUCCGUUAUCAGCGACGAGUCCGGCUAUUUAUUUAACUUACAGGAUAGACGUGAAACAUCAGCAUUUCCUGGCGUGAAUUUCUCGGGUGCAAUAAGCCAGUCAGAAAAUUGCAAGAAUCACAUGAUGUGCGCAGCGCCUCUAUUUGAUGAGCGUUGGGUUGAGAACCGACUGCAAGGAAUUUGGCUACCCCGCGAGGAGCCCGUCGUACCCAAAAUACCAACCACUCUCGAGCUGCUCAGCAAAACCGUCUUGGCUGACAAGAGGACGAUAAGGUUCAGCUUCCGGUUAACUGGACCGCCCUAUUUGAGUUUGUUUAUACAAACCUACGAAGAUGACUUUGUCACUGUGAGCGACUGGUCCUUCUCCAAGACCUACCUGGAGCAAAAGCCAGCUUCUCCGCUCGCCUAUCACAUAUACAUUACCUAUGGCAGAAGUGAACCCCUUGAGUUCUAUUUGGAUAUUACAAAACCGAACGGAAAAUUUGACGUGCCUCUGUUCCAACUGGGCAUAUCUGCAUCUAACAUUGGCGAUAAAGGAGAUGAGCACAGCGUGAAGUUCGCCUCGACGUUUCCCUCGUAUGCCAUAGUAGUCGAUUGGCCCUCGCAAUAUACAAGAUAUAUAUUCUAAAUCGAGCACAAUAAAGCAUAACAGUUGUGUUUGUCCUUCGGUUUAGUGGGAUAAUGUAUAAAGAA